GAUAAACGUUCCUUUAGCUGUCACCCUUUUUUCUGAGUAAGAAAAGGGCCAAAUGCAAACAUAGUUUCUUUUGUGAGAGAAGACUGAGGCAAACUAGCAGUAGAGCAGUUUUGCCUUCUUUCUGUCACCUGAUAACAUUCCUGCAUCUUCUUCACACAUAAUUUCUCUUUUUAUUGAUUUGACAUCUCACUACUACUAAAAUUAAGCUUCACCUUUGCUAAUAUAAGGACUGUGUUUUGUCUCUAUUUGUGUUUUCUGCCUCUGAAGAGACUCAUGUAGUGAUUUGUGAUAUGCUGUGGUUUUAUUUUUCCAAAGAAACUCCCUCCAUUGAUACUUUGCCUCUAGUAAAAUAUACACAUUAGGUAUUUCAUACUGUAUUUGAGUUUGUUCCAACCAACAAUUAAAAGUAAAAUAAUAUUGGGCUAAAAACAAUCAGUUUACACUUUUACAUAUGUAUACAUGAUUUUGCUGAAUUGUUUCAUCAUCUUGCUUAAAAACAAGUUGAGACAGACAAUGGCUAGGGCCCUAAAAAUCUAGCAAGGUUUGAACCUGUUUUUUUCCAUUAUUCUUCCCCAUGCCACAUUGCAAACCACUUCUGAAACAGGGUACUCUCGCAAACAUAAUGUUACAUGGCAUGAAGACAGGUGUUCAAAGAGAGAAUAUAUAUAUCACACAUGUGUGUCUAGGCUAUUGGGCGUUCUUAAAACAGUGCUUAUGAUUCCUCCUGAUCUUGAUUUUUAAAAAAAAAAACCCUCUGAAAUACUUCAUGCUGUUCCAUAGCUGAUGAGACAAACUCUUAAAAUACAUUCUUUUAAAAAGAUCCUUAAAUAUUGUUGGGAGAAUCAAAAUAAAUCUUUAUAGAGAAAGAUUGCUUAUUUGUACUUUUGUGAUAUAAAAUCAGACCUUCAGUGUCUCUGCUGCUCUUGCCCAGAAAGAACCAGAAUUCCAAGCCAGGCUCCUUUGUUUCCCUAAAGCUUUAUUAGUCAUCUGUUUCUUUAAGAGAUUGAGACUCUCUGCUUCCCUGAGGUGGCUGCUACAUUUAGGUGCAAAGUUAAGCUUGUUACAUUGUUAGCAUUUCACUGCCUUGAGGCUUUUUGUUCUGUGAAGCUCCUGAGCAGCAGCAAACUGCCCUGUCUAGUUUUCUUGCAUGUCAAUACCCACACCCAAUCCUAUUAUGAUUCAUGUACCUUUCUCUGUGCCAUAUCAAUACUCUGUAAUCACUGAUAUUUACUAUACCAUUAUGUCAUGUCUGGCUGUCUUCACAUUGUUUUGUCUAUGAAUACAUAUUAUUUGUGCACUUGACUUAAAAUCUAUAAAACACUCUGUAUAUGUUCUGGAACUUGUAGUUGGUUGGUGGACCUCUUUGCAGCAGUGUUGCUGUAGGGUUGUACUCUACCAAGGGGUUUACCUGCGUUGUUCUCACCAAUACAACUGCUGAAGUUUUAGGCGAAGGUGUCUCCCUGUGGAUCCGAGUGUGCAUUCUUGUGGCUGCUAACCAAGAUUCCCUGACAUCUAGCCGAAAAUAGAAGAAUACAUAAGGUGAAAGGGGAAGGAAUGGACAACAAGAAAGAAACUUGAUUGACCUCCAACCUGGUGGUCUUCAGAUGUUUUGGACAGGGCCUUCAGGCCAAUUUAAUGGAAUAUAAGUUUAGAAAAUAUAAUAAAUAAUUCUCAUCAGCCCAGCUGAAACAUCAGCCCAACUUUCUGAACAGGAAGGGAUCCAUGGCAACUACAUAGAAGGCACCAGUUGGGAAAAGCUGAACUAGAUCAUUAGCUGAAGUCAUAGAUAGCUAAUUAAAUAAUUAGAUAAUUAAAUCUGCACAACCCCUUCUUUAUUGCUUUCUUCUUGUGUGUUCUCUCCAGUUUACCAAAAUGCAUUUCCUUCUUCAUGACUGCUCAGGUGAAUGACUGUAAUGGAGUCAGAUCCACAAUGGAUUUUUUGUAUCUUCCUUCUGCCUGGUGAAAAUAGAUUUUUAAGCUGUGAAACGUUUAAUGAAAGAAGCUGCUGAACUAAAGGAUCCAACAGACCAUUAUCAUGCACAGCCCUUAGAGGACAACCUUUUUGAGUGGCAUUUCACUGUCAGAGGUCCACCAGAUUCAGAUUUUGAUGGAGGAGUUUAUCAUGGAAGAAUAGUACUACCUCCAGAGUAUCCUAUGAAACCACCAAGUAUUAUUCUGCUAACAGCCAAUGGCAGGUUUGAAGUUGGAAAGAAAAUUUGCUUAAGCAUCUCAGGACACCAUCCUGAAACAUGGCAGCCUUCAUGGAGUAUAAGGACUGCCUUGCUUGCCAUCAUUGGAUUUAUGCCAACCAAAGGGGAGGGAGCCAUAGGAUCUCUAGACUACACACCUGAGGAAAGAAAAGCACUUGCUAAGAAGUCUCAGGAUUUCUCUUGUGAAGGAUGUGGUUCACUUAUGAAGGAAGCUCUUUUACCCUUAACAUCUGGAAGUGCCUCAAGUCAAGCUGACAAAGAGGCCAAGGAACUUGCUAGGCAAAUUAGUUUCAAGGCUGAAGUUAAUUCAUCUAGGAAAUCUGUUGCUGAACCUGCAGGGUUAUCAGAAUUUAACCACUUGACAAGUUCACCUGAACAGCAACAGGAAAUUACAACUCCAGCAUUCCAGGACACAACCACCAGUGAAACGUCUGAGAAUCAGACCAACUCAUCCACCUCUAGUCAAGAGCAGCAUGCCCAGCCUGCUUCAAGCAAUACUUCUGUGAGCCCUCGCCAGCGGAGUGUGCAGCAGAGAAGGGUGCCAACUUCAGCCAACUUCAAUCAGGUUCAACAGCCAAGAGUCCACACAAGCCAUGUUGGGUCAAAUCUGCUGAUUCUCCUUCUUGUUUUAGCACUGGCAGCUCUUAUAUUUAGGCGUAUUUAUCUAGCAAAUGAGUAUACAUUUGAAUUAUGAGUUUCUCUCAUUCUUAAGAACAAUGACUUGAAUGCUUUAUUAAAAUGUUCUAUGUUGGAUAUGUCAAAGACUGUUUACAUAAGAUUACUUUUUGUAUUUACUCAUUUUAAGUCCAUAUGUUAAUGUACUAAGGGGUACGUUAAGGUCUGCCAGGAAAGUACCCCUUGAUAUUGGUGGGUGUAUGGAUUAUUAACAAUCUAUACAAACUGAACAGAUACCUUGAGAAGUUAUGCAGAGAAUAUUUCUGCAUUAGCAGGGUAUUUAAGGACUGGGAGCAUUGGACACAUUACUUGUAAGCUUUGGUGAGUAAUUUUAACUGACAGAGACAUAAAAUUGUGGUUUUAUGCUGGCAUGAAUAAAUAUUAAUAGAGUGAAUUAUUUACCUGAGAAGGUGUUUCCUAAAUUGAAAUGAAAGUAUGUUUGCAUAAAAAUGUUAAUUUCAGCAGGAAGAGGAAAUUAUUAAUAUUUGUAAGUACAUUCAUUUCCUACCCAACAAAUUUGAUGAGGGGAUGGAACCCUGAAAUUGUGGAAUGUAUCCUCCAUGAAAAAUAGGGGCCAGAACAGAAUUUGCUUUCCUUGUUUUAAUUUUCAAGGCAUUAGUAUAAUAUUUUGAGAGAUUUCAGUUUCGUUUUCUAAUAUUCAGUUAUGUAUAUUUUGCUUUUUAAAAAAAGUUGAAGAUCUUGGAAAUAGUUCCAACUAUGUAAUAUUUACCUGUCACCUAUUGACUGUGACUUAUUUCUGAAGUAUGUAUGAUGCUUUAAAUUGUCUGUUUUAUGUUCCCAUAAAAUUAAAAGCAUUUUCAACACCAAAAAA